GCGUGUUUGUGCUUGUGCAUGUGCAUGUGUAUGCAUGCCUGCGUACGUGUGUGUGCGCACAUGUGUGUGUGUGCUUGUGCAUGCGUGUAUAUGUGUGCGCACGUUCGUGCUUGUGUGUUUGCGCACGUGCCCGCAUGCAUAUGUAUUAUGUGUGCCUGCGUUUGUGCAUGUGUGUGGGUGGUAUAAUCCACAGCUCUGCCCCUCCUUAUUGUGAGUACCGGUGUGGUGCUAGGACCAUUUUUGAGGCUUCCCUGGACCGUGGGGACUGUGUGUAGAGGACUGGGUGUGAAUGUGGAGCUGGGGUGAGCCUUUCAGUGCCUGCUGGACUGUGGUGGGAAUUGGGGUGUCUACCUGGACCAGAGGGGGGGUGAUAGUGGGGACAUGGGCACCUGGAUGUUUGUUUCUGUUUUGGGUAACUGGGAAGCCCCCACCCUGGCUGUAUGUGAGAGACUUCACGGGGAGCCCCUGAUUUUCCUCUUCUUAACUCUGGCAACUUCAGAACCGCAGGAAGAAGUCUGGGGAUCCUAAAGGGUGAAAGUGCCAAGGGAUGACCUGGGCUCCUCCAUCCCAAUGGCAUCUCCCCUUGGCCUGGAACUGAAGACCCUGAGCAAUGGUCCCCAGGCCCCCAGGAGACCGGCCCCCACCAGGGAGGGUGUGGAGAAUGCCUGCUUCUCCUUGGAGGAACACGAGAUCCAUUUCCAGAACUCUGCCGACCCCCGACUGGCCAGUCCUCCCAGCCCCGCGGGGGGUGCCGCCUCCGGGCUGCGGGAUGAUCUGUCCCUGCAUUCCGAGGAGGGACCGGGCCCGGAGCCCAUAAGCCGCCCGGUGGACUAUGGCUUCGUCUCGGCCUUGGUGUUCCUGGUGAGCGGGAUCCUCCUGGUGGUGACCGCUUACGCCAUCCCCCGCGAGGCUCGCGUCAACCCGGACACGGUGACGGCUCGGGAGAUGGAGCGGCUGGAGAUGUACUACGCGCGCCUGGGCUCACACCUGGACAAGUGCAUCAUCGCGGGCCUGGGGCUGCUGACGGUGGGCGGCAUGCUCCUGUCCCUGCUGCUCAUGGUCUCGCUGUGCAAAGGCCAGCUGUACCGCCAGCCCACCUGCGUCUCGGGCCGCGGCUCCCGGAAGACCUACGGCUCCAUUAACCUGCGCAUGAGACAGCUCAAUGGGGACGGCGGGGGCCAGGCCCUGGUGGAGAACGAGGUUGUCCACAUCUCAGAGACCACCCACAGCCUCCAGGGGUCCUAAGUAAGGAGCCGCGCUCUCUGGAUGCUUUAGCUCGGGGGCUCCCGGGCCCCCCGCCCACCUGGAGACUGUGCAGCAGGGAGCUCCCUGGGAGGGGGGGAGCCCAUGGCCUGGCCAGGCCCCUCUUGGGAGACUGGCUCCGGCUCUGUCUUGCCGCUUGAGGUUUUGUGGAAGGUUUCAUUUGGAGGGUGGCUCCCUGCUCUAAAUACACAACGUUUGGAAACUGC